AUGCUGAUUCAACGUCUAUCCCCCUUUAAAAGACUGCUUUUGUCUUUUAAAACAUCAACUUCGAGAAUCUUUGCUAUACAAUCUCGAAACAUUCAUUUGGUUCCUGAUCUUCCCAACAGAAAUCAAUGGUUCAAAAAUGGAAUUCCAAAAUUGUACUCAAAAAGAGGUUUUGAAAUAGCUUGGAAGGAUUACCAAACUUUUUUGACAAUGAAUCUUUCAAUGUUAACAGCACAGACUCACUAUGAGUUUAAAACUCCUUUGAAAAUUAUCCUAACUGCAUCAAAGGACUCUUUAGAUUCUGAGAUCUUUCAUUACGCUUCUCAAGCCUUUAACAAUCAUUUUUUUUUCACUCAGCUUUUACAAGAUUCUAAUGAAACCACCAGGAGUAAAAAUUUACCUUCAAGAUUUUUUUUGAAAAAAUUAAAAGAAAAUUCAAAUUUCAAUUCUAUUGAAGAUUUGAAAUCUCAAAUCAUCCAAAUUGCAAAAAAUAAUCUAGGUAAUGGCUGGAUCUACUUAAUUGAAGAUAAAAAUAAAUCACUAAAUUUAUAUUUCUUAAAUAAUGAUGGUACUCCAUUUUUAAAAAAAAGAUUUCAAAAUUUCAAUCUUUCUGGUCCAAUUAAUAUUCAUCAAUUUCAAGAUUAUGAAAAUUUGAAAAUUUCAAAUACUGAAAAUCAUAGUAGUGAUUUUGAUCAUGUUUUGCCUGUUUUAUCAAUAUCUCUAUGGGAUUACAGUUAUUUAUAUGAUUACGGUCUAAAUGGAAGAGAAGACUAUAUCAAUUCUUUAUGGAAUUUAAUUGAUUGGUCACUUAUAGAUUCAAGAUUAUUCAAACCUCUUUGA